CUAGAUCUUCCCAGCGAGCAAGGUUGGAACGAGAAUUUGCUCUGUAGAUUUGAUAGAGUUUUGGCUGGCUGUUCCUGUUUAAAAAAAAAACAUGAAGAAUCAGAUUUGUUUCCUUCUUUUACUCGUACCGCUUUCGCGCGGUGUCGGCGGGGCACCGGCCCAAGGAGUUGAUCCAAAUUUGAAGAGCUUCUACCACGAAGCGGACGACGAGGAGCAAAUGUUUUCCUACAAAACGAACGACGGCCAAUCACGCGAGGAAACGGUCUCCUGGGAUAAAGACACGGGCAAGAUUGUCAUCUCCGGGUGGUAUCGAUACCUCGGGCCGGACGGUGUCCUCUACACCGUGCAGUACGUGGCGGACGAAAACGGGUUUCAGCCGCUCGGCGCCCAUCUGCCCGGUGCCGAUCCGAACCCAGAUUUGUACGCCAUUUCUACCCCGUUCGCGGGUGGAAUCUCGAAAACCGUGCUCCUCUCGCUGGUUGGAUAAACGGUCAAACCAGGUCGUGGGCGGUGCGGUUGAAAAUUGGCGUAAAAUUCUGCGCUUUCCGGUUUUUGCGCUUUUGGUUGUUGUUUUAUAUAAAAAAGUAAAAAUUGUACUGUGGGCAGGAUAUAUCCCCUCUCAUGCCACUGCGUGCGAAUGAAAAUCAAUAAAAAUUAUCGCCACACCGCUGAUCAAACGGGCGUACCAGGCAAA